AAGUCACAAAAACACACCCAAAAAGCCACCAACUUUAUCAUGUCUUCUUCUUCUUCCUCUUCCCACUUCCAAUCCUCUGUCCCCCCCCCCCCUCAUGCCAUAUCUUCACCAACAAUGGCAAUUUCCACCUUCUCAGAGUGGUCAUUAGCUUGCAUUCACUGCAUCAAAACAACCCACAAAAACCCUUUACUCAACCCAUCCAAACACUCACCAAUUCUCCUCUUCAUCUCUCCACACCCUUCAUGUUCCUCUUCAAGAAUCUUGAUCCUCAAUUCUUCCAGAAGCUUCCCACCACCAGUUCUUGAAGAUGAAGAGUCCACUGGCUCCCCCAUUCUUGAACUGGACCUAAAGUUUCAAGCUUUUCAAGAAUCUUUUGAAGAAUCUUUUCAAGAAUCUUUUCAAGAACUAUCACCACCCCAACAAGAAAAUCUCAAUCUUUUAAUAUGCAAAAUGUUGAAAGAUUCAAAAACUGAAGAAAUGGGGUUUGAGAGUUACCAAAAAGCUAAAAGAUUGCAAGAUUUUAGACCCACAAGAUCAACAUUGCAUAAUCUGAUCAGGUACUCACUUAAUGUGAAGAACUGGAAUUCAAUUUGGUCAAUUUCUGAAGAUUUUAGGAAAUUCGGUGUAUACCCAGAUGCUUCAUCUUGUUGUAGAUUGAUCAGUAGUUGUAUUAAAGCUAAAAGAUUCAAACUUGCUAAUAAUUUGCUUCAUAUUUUGAAACUUGAGAAAGAAGUUGCUGUUUUGAGCUUUAAUGCUGCCAUGAGAAGCUAUAACAAGCUUCAUAUGUACAGUAGUUCAGUUAAGGUGUUUGAUAUGAUGUCAUCCUCUGGUAUGCAAUUAGAUGGUGAGUGUUAUGGACACACCAUGGAAGCUUAUCUAAAAAUGGGUAAGAAUGACAAAGUUGUUUUGUUAUUCAAACAGUUCGAAUCAAGUAACGACGAAUGGACGCCGUUUUGCUCGCAAAUUUACAGGAUUUUAUGCGAGUCGUUAGCGAAGUCAGGGAAACCGUUUCAAGCGCUAGAUUUCUUUAGGGAGAUGAUCAAGAAAGGGUUUUUAGAAGACGCUUCUUUUUACUCGUUGUUAAUCAGUUCGUUUGCAAGCGUUCGAGAAGUGAAAAUGGUGGAAAGUCUUUGGGUAGAAGCCGAAUCGAAGAAGAUGUUGAGGGAUCCAGCGGUCUUUUUGAAGCUUGUGUUGAUGUACAUUGAACUCGGCUUGCUUGAAAAGACUCUAGAUGUUGUUUCUUCAAUGAAACGAGUGAAUAUUAAAGUUUCGGAUUGUAUAUUUUGUGCUAUUGUAAAUGGGUUUUCGAAGAAAAGAGGGCUAACUUCAGCGGCUAAAGUGUAUGAAGAUUUGGUCACGGAGGGUUGUGACCCGGGUCAAGUGACCUAUGCGUCGGUCCUAAACGUGUACUUUAGACUCGGGCUUUAUGAAAAAGCAGAAGAGGUGUUUUGGGAAAUGGACAAUAAAGGUUUUGACAAAUGUGUUGUAGCUUACUCUAGUAUGAUUGCAAUGUAUGGUAAGGUUAAUCGGAUUAAGGACGCAAUGAAGCUUUUAGCUCGGAUGAAAGAGCGAGGCGUUAAAAUCAACGUUUGGAUUUACAAUUCUAUCCUUGAUAUGCACGGGAAAGUCUUGAACUUGAAACAAGUUGAGAAGAUAUGGAAAGAAAUGAAAAGAAGAAAAGUUGUGGCCGAUAAAGUAAGUUACACAAGCGUUAUAAGCGCGUAUAGUAAGGCUAGGGAGUUUGAUAUGUGUAUGAAAUAUUACUACGAGUAUAGGCUUAAUGGUGGUCGGAUCGAUAGGGCGAUGGGUGGGAUCAUGGUUGGGGUGUUUUCAAAAGUGAGUAGGGUGGAUGAACUAGUGAAGCUUUUGCAAGAUAUGAAAAGUGAAGGUACGGGUUUAGAUGCGCGACUCUAUCGAUCUUCAAUGAACGCUUUACGCGAUGCGGGUGUGGAUAUUCAAGUUAGAUGGUUGGAAGAGGGCUUUGAUCCAAGUUGAUAACAAAAUUUGCUAGAGGUUUGGAGGGGUGAGGUUUUGAAAUUCUAUGGGUAAUUACUUUUGACAAGUUGUAAUUAUGGUUUUAGAAACAAUCAUAUGAUAUAAUGACUUGUGUUUUACCUAAUAAACAUGUACAUUCAUGUGGAAUAUUUUUUGUUGGUUCUAAAAUUCUAUUAGAAUCAGCGAGUAUUUUGAGGCUUGGGCUUUGUGCCAUCAAAUCUAUAGGGCCUCAAGAUUUAAAAAGAAAAUUAUAUAUUAUAUGGGUAUGAGCGCUAUUUUUUUUAUGGGCCCACUAAUUUUAGACUUUGAGCCACCCGAGCUAGUGAAUUUUGUUUAUAUAUAAUUUUCAAUUUAGGAACUCAAUUUUACUAGUCGCAAAUACCAUUUGAAAUCUUGAGGACCACGUUAGGUUACCAACUAGGAUUAAACACAGAAGGGUUCUCUUUUUUUUUUUUUUUUUUCUUUAAUGACCCAGGGUUAUAUCACAAAACAUACGCGGCACAAGCCAGAACAAGUAACGAACAGUCGAACAGAGUGAAACAAGUCGGACAACAUCAGCAGCUCCACCUCUCCGCCGAUUGCUGCCGUCUGCCGCCGCGACGUCCAUCCUCUCCGCUGCUCGGCUGCUCCGCCUCCGCCGAUUGCUUCCGACACUUUGUUUUUCUUAUACGAAUCAGGCGAUUAAGUCACAUGAAAUUGAAGUAUCUAAAAAAGUGAACCAGAGAAAAAUAUUCCUGGAUCCGCCACUGGACUUUCUUCACCACCCGUACGCCUGCUCUGCAACCAACAACAAUGGAAGCCAAACCCUCAAAUCUUGUCGAUCAAUUAGUCGUUCCAGGAGAUGUCAUACUGGACCUCUCAAACAUGGCUAAUCAAACUCUCAAGCUCAGUGGUGGCUUACGUCAGGAUGGUGAUUCCAUAUGUGUAAUGAAGGCUGGGAAGUUGAGGUUUAUGAAGCCAAAUAAAUAUUGGGUUGAGAGCUCUCAGAAGAGGUAUGUACCUAGUGCUGGGGAUAACGUUCUUGGAGUGGUGGUGGAUACUAAACCAGAAAAUUUCCUUGUGGACAUUAAAGGACCCGCGUUAGCAUUUUUACCUGUUUUGUCAUUUGAAGGAGGAACUAGAAGGAACAUACCUAAGUUUGAGGUGGGCACUUUGUUGUAUGUUAGCGUGGUCAGUGCCAACCCCGGCAUGAACCCCGAGCUUUCAUGCAUGGAUGUCAAUGGCAAGGCAGCAGAAUAUGGCGUACUUAAAGAGGAGGGUUAUAUGUUUGAAUCAUCCACUGGCCUCGCAAGAUCGCUUCUGAGUUCUCCGCCUCAUCCUGUUCUUGAAGGCCUCGGAAAGAAACUCUCGUUUGAGAUAGCCGUUGGCAUAAAUGGUCGAUUUUGGGUGAAUGCAUUACAAUCGUCAACGGUGAUUCUGGUUGGAAAUGCUAUACAGAAAUCAGAAUCUCUCAGUUUGGUGCAACAGAAGAUUUAUUUAGAGAAAUUGCUUAAGAGUAUCCAUUCCAGAGGCUGUAAAACCAGUGACCAAUGAACAACAAGAUGCUGACAAUGGGGAGUUAAAGGAUCCCCUGUUAUGUAUAGACGAUCUUUUCUCGACUUACAAAGGAGGAAAUAGAUGAAGCAUUUCGUCGUGUUCCAGAUGAAUCCCCUAGUGUUUCUACUACUCAAACUGCUGUUGCAAAUCAAGGUGGCCAGCCACAGCCUGCAUCAACCACAAGCACCGACUCAAUCUGUGCAACCGGCACCAGCUGCUCCCACGGUUCCAUUGGUCACAUGCUUUGCUUGCUGUAGGAGUUGUUGCUAUUUCAGGAGCAGGAACAGCUGUAGUUUUUAAGAAUGCUGUUGUCCCUAGAUUGAAAUCUUGGAUCCGUAAAGUUGUAAAUGAAGAUGCUGCAAAUAAAAC